CUCCAUCCCAGAAGGGGCCAGGACAAUGGCCUUAGUCCUGUGGGCCUUUGCCCUGCUGGGCUCAGCCUGUUUGGUGUCAGCCAACAUCUUCGAGUACCAGGUGGAUGCCCAGCCGCUUCGUCCCUGUGAGUUGCAGAGGGAAAAGGCCUUCCUGACGCGGAUGAAUUAUAUUCCCCAGUGCUCUGAAGACGGCAGCUUCCAGACCAUCCAGUGCCUAAAUGAUGGCCGCUCCUGCUGGUGUGUGGAUGCUGAUGGCAGGGAAGUUCCAGGCAGCAGACAGCCAGGGAGGCCGACAGCCUGCCUGUCCUUCUGCCAGCUGCACAGACAGCGGAUCCUGUUGAGUGGCCACCUUAACAGCACAGCCAGGUCCUUCCUCCCUCAGUGUCGGGCCUCAGGGGACUACGCAUCUGUGCAGUGUGACCUGUGGCAGGCACAGUGCUGGUGUGUGGACCCGGAGGGGAUGGAGGUGUACGGUACCCGCCAGCUGGGGAGACCAGCACGGUGUCCGAGGAGCUGUGAGAUUAGAAACCGUCGUCUGCUCCAUGGGGUGGGAGACAAGUCCCCCCCCCAGUGUUCUCCAGAGGGGGACUUUAUGCCCGUCCAGUGCAAGUUUAUCAACACCACAGACAUGAUGAUCUUCGAUCUGAUCCACAGCUACAACAGGUUUCCAGAUGCAUUUGUGACCUUCAGUUCCUUCCAGGGCAGGUUUCCUGAGUUGUCUGGGUACUGCUACUGUGCUGACAGCCAAGGGCGGGAACUGGCUGAGACAGGUCUGGAGCUGUUACUGGAUGAAAUUUACGACACCAUUUUUGCCGGCCUGGACCUGGCUUCUACUUUCACUGAAUCUACUCUGUACCGGAUACUGCAGAGACGGUUUCUAGCAGUGCAGUUAGUCAUCUCUGGAAGGUUCCGAUGCCCCACCAAGUGUGAAGUGGAGCAGUUUGCAGCAACCACCUUUGGUCACCCCUACAUUCCAAGCUGCCACCGAAAUGGGGACUACCAGGCCACGCAGUGCCAGACACAAGGGCCAUGCUGGUGUGUGGACGCCCAGGGAAGGGAAACCCCUGGAACUCAGCAGCAGGAGGGGGAGCCACCUGCUUGUGCUGGAGACCAGUCUUGUUCCUCAGAAAGGCAGCGGGCCUUGUCCAGGCUGUACUUCGGGACCUCUGGCUACUUCAGCCAGCGCGACCUGUUCUCUGCCCCUGAGGAAAGACGGGCUUCUCAGGGAGGAGAGAGGCCGGCCACAUCCUGCUCACCCAAGAUCAAGCAGCUCUUUGUUGACUCGGGGCUUCUUCACCUAAUGGUGGAAGAAAAGGAGCCACCGUUUUCUGCAGUAGAGAGUCUGCUUGGAGAAGCUAUCAGAGCUAUUUUUCCCUCCCGAGAGCUGGCCCGUCUCGCCCUUCAGUUUACCACCAACCCAAAGCGACUCCAGCAAAACCUGUUUGGAGGGACAUUUUUGGUGAACCUUGGCCAGUUUAACUUGUCUGGAGCCCUUGGCACAAGAGGCACAUUUAACUUCAGUCAGUUUUUCCAGCAACUUGGUCUCCCAGGCUUCCAAAAUGGAAGGGGAUCAGUAGAGCUAGACAAAGUACUUUCUGUGGGACUGGAUUCAAAUUCUGCCACAGAACCCCUCAGUGCUGCGAAUAAGCCAAUUGUGGGCAGCUUUGGAUUUAAAAUCAAUUUGCAAGAGAACCAAAACGCCUUAAAGUUCAUUGCCUCUCUUCUGGAGCUUCCAGAAUUCCUUCUCUUCUUGCAGCAUGCUAUUUCUGUGCCCGAAGAUGUGGCAAGGGAUUUGGGUGAUGUGAUGGAAAUGGCGCUCAGCUCCCAGGCCUGUGAGCAGACACCCGGAAGGCUUUUUGUCCCCUCAUGCACUAUGGAAGGAAGUUAUGAGAAUGUCCAGUGCUUUGCUGGAGAGUGCUGGUGUGUAGACUCCUGGGGCAAAGAAAUCCCUGACUCGAGAGUCAGAGGUGGACAGCCGAGGUGCCCCACAGAGUGCGAGCAGCAAAGGGCUCGCAGGCAAAGCCUCGUGCGCAGCCAGCCUGCAGGGGCCAGCGUGUCUGUCCCUUCUUGUACCAGUGAGGGGCAUUUCCUGCCUGUCCAGUGCUUCAACUCAGAGUGCUACUGUGUUGACACCGAGGGUCGGGCUAUUCCUGGCACUCAGAGUACUCUUGGAGAACCCAAGCAAUGUCCCAGCUUCUGUCAGUUACAGGCCGAGCAAGCCUUCCUAGCCACACUACGGGCCCUGCUCUCUAACUGGAGCAUGCCACCUGCGCUCUCCAGCAUCUAUGUCCCACAGUGCACUGCCAAUGGGCAGUGGCAGCGUGUGCAGUGUGAUGGGCCCCCAGAGCCAGUCUUAGAGUGGUACGAUCGAUGGAGGGCUCAGAACCCUGAUGCCCAGGAGCUGAGCGCUGCCAGGCUGCUAAUGACCAUCAUGAGCUAUAGAGGAGCAGCUUCCAGAAACUUCCGCCUCUUUGUUCAAAGCCUCUAUGAGGCUGGCCAACAAGGCAUCUUCCCAGUCCUGGAACAAUUCCCUUCCCUCCAAGAUGUUCCACCGGCAGUGCUGGAAGGGAACCUGACGCAGCCUGCAGAGAACGUCUUCCUGGACCCUUACUUCUUUUGGCAGAUCCUAAAUGGCCAGCUCAGCAGGUACCCGGGCCCCUACUCAGACUUCAGCAGGCCACUGGCACACUUGGACCUCCGGAGCUGCUGGUGUGUGGAUGAGGCUGGCCAGGAGCUGGAAGGCACUCGGGCCAAACCAAACCAGGUCCCCACAUGUCCUGGUUCCUGUGAAGAAGUGAAGCUUCGUGUCCUGCAGUUCAUUAAGGAAACAGAAGAGAUUGUUUCAGCUUCCAACACUUCUCGGUUCCCUCUGGGGGAGAGUUUCCUAGUGGCCAAAGGAAUCCGGCUGACCAGUGAAGAACUUGGCCUUCCUCCACUCUUCCCAUCACGAGAGGCUUUCUUUGAGAAGUUUCUGCAUGGGAGUGAUUACACCAUGCAGUUGGCAGCUCGGUCCACCUUGGACUUCUACCAGAGACACCAAGGUGAGCUGCCUGGAGCAGCCCCCGCUCUGCGGUCAGGCCCCUACAUGCCACAGUGUGGUGCAUUCGGAAGCUGGGAGCCCAGGCAGUGCCACAUGGGGACUGGGUACUGCUGGUGUGUGGACGCGAAGGGCCAGUUUAUCCCCAACUCACUGACUGCCCGCUCCCCACAGGUCUUGCAGUGUGCCUCACCUUGUGAGCAGUCUCGAGCCAAUGGGCUGCUUUCUGGUUGGAAACAGGCUGGAUCCCAAGGAGACCCAUCCCCAGAAGACCUGUUCACCCCAGCCUGCCUUGAGACAGGAGAGUUUGCCAGGAUGCAGGCGUUGGGGACCAGUGCCUGGUGUGUGGACCCCGUGUCUGGAGAAGGGACGCAGCCCAGCACCAAUGGCAGCACCCAGUGCCCGGGCCUCUGCAGCUCUCUCAGAAGCGGAGACCUGUCCAGGAGAGUCCGCCCUGGACACAUCCCAGCCUGCAGGGAACAGGACGGGGCCUUUUCCCUGGUGCAAUGUGACCCGGCGCAGGGCAGCUGCUGGUGUGUCCUGGACAGUGGAGAGGAGGUGCCUGGGACCCGCGUGGUGGGCAGCCAGCCUGCCUGUGAGCGCCCUCAGUGUCCGCUUCCCUUCCUGAGCGUGUCAGACGUGCCUGGCGGCGCGCUCCUCUGUGACAGGGCCUCGGACCUGGGAGAGGCCGCCGUCCAGCAGUGCCAGCUCUGGUGUCGCCAGGGUUACCGGAGUACAGUCCCGUCGGGGCUGCUGCUGUGCAGCCUGGAGAGCAAGCACUGGGUGUCGCAGCUCCCCCAGCCCCUGGCCUGCCAGCGGCCACAGCCGUGGCAGAGCAUCCAGACUGGAGCCCACCUCCAGCUGCAGCUCCCCCCGGGCAAGAUGUGCAGUGCUGACUACUCAGGACUGCUGCAGGCGCUCCAGGUCUUUAUCCUGGAUGAGCUGACGGCCCGGGGCUUCUGCCACAUCCAGGUGAGGACGACUGGGACUCCUACCUCCCAUCCUGUCUGUGACAGCUCCUCAGUACAGGUGCGGUGUCUGACUGCGGAGCGUCUAGGAGUCAAUGUCACAUGGAAAUCCCAGAUUAAGGACAUCCCAGCAGGCUCGCUUCCAGAUCUGCAUGACAUUGAAAGGGCCUUAGUGGGCAAGGACCUCCUUGGGCGCUUCACAGAUCUGGUCCAAAGUGGAACAUUCCAGCUUCAUCUGGAUUCCAAGGCAUUCUUGGCAGACACCUCCAUCCACUUUCUGCAAGGGGACAGCUUUGUGGCCUCUCCCCAGACAUGGUUUGGGUGCGUGGAAGGAUUCUCCCGAGUCUCAGCUACCAGCAAGGCCAGCCGGGACCCUCUGGGGUGUGUUAUGUGCCCUGAGGGAAGCUAUUCUCUGGACGAGCAGUGUAUUCCCUGUCCUGUUGGGUUCUACCAAGAACAGGCAGGCACCGUGGCCUGUGUCCCGUGUCCUUCAGGAAGAACAACCAUUGCCGCUGGAGCCUUCAGCCACAAGCACUGUGUCACUGACUGUCAGAGGAAUCAGGCAGGCCUGCAGUGUGACCAGAACGGCCAGUACCGAGCCAGCCAGAAAGACAGCACCAGUGGGAAGGCCUUCUGUGUGGACAGUGAGGGACGCAGGCUACUGUGGUCACAAACAGAGGCCCCACUCUCUGAAUCUCAGUGUCUGGUGAUGCAGAAAUUUGAGGAGGCUCCCGAAUGGAAGGUGAUCUUUGAUGCUGAUGCUCCUGGGAUAGUCAGGUCCAAAGUUCCUGGUUCUGAAUCCCCACUGAUGCAGUGCUUGCCAGAUUGCGCAGGGGAUGAGGCCUGCAGCUUCUUCACGGUGUUCACCACGGAGCUGGGGGGCAUGUGUGAUUUCUACGGCUGGACAAGUGACAGCUUCGCCUGUACCACUUCCGCCCAGGAACAAGACACUCUGGGGAGCUUGCAGGUCACUGACUUUGGAAGCCUUAGGUGCCAGGUGAAAGUGAAGAACCGUGAUCAAGAAUCUCUGGCUGUGUAUUUGAAGAAGGGUCAAGAAUUCACCACGGCAGGCCAGAAAACCUUCGAGCCCACUGGUUUCCGAAACUCACUCUCUGGAUUGUACAACCCCGUGGUGUUCUCAGCCUCUGGAGCCAACCUGACCGAUGCUCACCUUUUCUGUCUUCUUGCCUGUGAACACGACGCCUGCUGCGAUGGCUUCAUCCUCUCGCAGAUCCCAGGAGGGCCCCUGGUCUGCGGGCUGCUGAGCUCCCCCAACGUUCUCCUUUGCAACGCAGCAGACUGGAUAGAUGCCUCCAAAGAGCAGGCUAACUCUACAUGUCCUGGGGUGACAUAUGAGCAGGGCUCCCACCAGGUGACAUUUCGUCUAGGAGGCCAGGAAUUCAUGAAAAGUCUGGCACCCCUGGAAGGAGCUCCGGGCACUGUUAUCAGUUUCCAGCAGGUUUAUCUCUGGAAAGAUUCUGACAUGGCGUCUCGACCAGAGUCUAUGGGAUGCCAAAAAGAUGUGGUACAGAGGUCUGAAUCUCCAGCAGAGACAGGUUCAACAGCAGAACUUUUCUCCCCUGUGGACCUCACCCAGAUCACUGUGAAUGCAAACAGAUCCCUGCCCAGUCAGCGGCACUGGCUUUUCAAACACCUGUUUUCAGACCAACAGGCAAAGCUGUGGUGCCUUUCUCGCUGCUCCCAGGAGCCCUCUUUCUGUCGGCUUGCAGAGGUAACAGAGAAUACACCCCUGUACUUCACCUGUUCCCUCUACCCUGAGGCUGAGGUGUGUGAUGCUGUUCUGGAGUCCAGUGCCCGGGGCUGCAGCCUGGUCCUGCCACAGCAGCCAGGGACCCUGUUCCGGAAGAAAGUUGAACUGAACAACAGAGUGAAGAACUUUUACACUCGCUUGCCAUUCCAGAAGCUGGCAGGGAUUUCCAUUAGAAACAAAGUGCCCAUGUCUGAAAAGCCCAUUUCCAAUGGGUUCUUUGAAUGUGAACGACUAUGUGAUUUGGACCCAUGCUGCACCGGCUUUGGAUUUCUAAAUGUGUCCCAGUUAAAAGGAGGAGAGGUGACCUGUCUAACUCUGAGCAGCAUGGGAAUUCAGAUGUGCAGUGAUGAAGGUGGAGGAGCCUGGCGCAUCUUGGACUGUGGCUCUCCUGACACAGAAGUUCGCACCUACCCCUUUGGAUGGUACCAGAAGCCUAUCGCUCAGGGCGAUGCCCCCAGUUUCUGCCCUCCGGCUGCUCUUCCUGCCCUCGCCAAGAAAGUUGCUGUGGACUCCUGGCAGUCCCUGGCUGUCUCCUCAGUAGCUGUGGAUCCGUCCAUCAGGGACUUUGAUGUCGCCCACAUCAGCACUACUGCCACCGCCAACUUCUCAGUCGCCCGAGACUUCUGUUUGCUGGGCACCACUCUGCUCCGCUCUGAGACAGGAUCUGCACCCUCUGUGACCAUCGCCCCCCGUGGCCAGCUACGGGGCAGGUCCCAGGCUGUGCGAGUGGGCACUGCAUGGAAGCAGGUGGACCAGUUCCUUGGAAUUCCCUAUGCCUCUCCACCACUGGCAGACAGCCGCUUCCGGGCACCAGAGCCUUUGAACUGGACGGGCUCCUGGGAUGCCACUGAGCCAAGGGCCAGCUGCUGGCUGCCAGGCACCCGAAGCCCCGCACCCCCUGGAGUUAGUGAAGAUUGCUUGUAUCUCAACGUGUUUGUCCCGGAGAACCUGGCCCCCAACGCAUCGGUACUGGUGUUCUUCCACAACGCCAGGGAGGCAGAAGUCAGCAAUGGACAGCUGACAAUUGAUGGCUCCUUUCUGGCUGCUGUUGGUAACCUUAUUGUGGUCACUGCCAACUACCGAGUAGGUGUCUUUGGCUUCCUGAGUUCUGGGUCCAGUGAGCUGACGGGCAACUGGGGACUGCUGGACCAGGUGGCAGCUCUGACCUGGGUGCAGAGCCACAUUGGCGCAUUUGGCGGGGACCCUCGGCGCGUGUCCCUGGCAGCCGAUCGUGAUGGGGCUGAUGUGGCCAGCAUCCACCUUAUGACCAGGGCCACGGGCCCCAGGCUCUUCCGGAGGGCCCUGCUGAUGGGAGGCUCUGUGCUCUCCCCAGCCACUGUCAUCAGCCCCAGCAGGGCUCAGCAACAGGCGAUGACUUUGGCAAAGGAGGUCAACUGCCCUACCUCAUCCAGCCAAGCAGUGGUGUCCUGCCUACGCCAGACGCCUGCCAACGUUCUCAACGAUGCCCAGACCAAGCUCCUGGCAGUGAGUGGCCCUUUCCACUACUGGGGUCCCGUGGUCGACGGCCGGUACCUCCAAGAAGCCCCAGCCAGAGCCCUGCAGAGGCCUCCUCCUCGGGCCAAGGUCGAUCUGCUCAUCGGGAGCUCGCAGGAAGAUGGGCUCAUUAGCAGAGCCAAGGCGGUGAAGAGAUUUGAGGAAAGUCAAGGCCGGACUGAGAGCAAAACAGCCUUUUACCAGGCGCUGCAGAACUCGCUGGGAGGUGAGGACUCGGAUGCCAGCGUCCUGGCUGCAGCCACGUGGUACUACUCCCUGGAGCACUCUGCAGAUGACUACGCCUCCUUCUCCCGCGCGCUGGAGAACGCCACCCGGGACUACUUCAUCACCUGCCCCAUGAUCGACAUGGCCAGACGCUGGGCAAAGGGCACCCGAGGAAAUGUCUUUAUGUACCAUGCCCCAGAAAGCUACAGCCAUGGCAGCCUGGACCUGCUGGCGGAUGUUCAGUAUGCCUUUGGGCUUCCUUUCUACCCUGCCUAUGAGGGGCAGUUUUCCCUGGAGGAGAAAAGCCUGUCACUGAAAAUCAUGCAGUUCUUGUCCAACUUCAUCAGAUCGGGAAACCCCAAUUACCCACAUGAGUUCUCACGGAAGGCACCUGAGUUUGCAGCCCCCUGGCCUGACUUUGUCCCAGGCACCGGCGGAGAGAGCUACCAGGAGUUCAGCACCCUGCUUCCCAUUAGGCAGCACCUGAAACAAGCUGACUGCUCCUUUUGGUCCAAGUACAUCCAGGCCCUGAAGGCGCCAACAGAUGGAGCCCUAGACGAGCAGUCAAUAGGGAGUGAAGAUAAGAAUUUGUUGGCUGGGUCUGAGCUGGAACAAGACUUCCUGGACCUCCCGGAGCCAGGUCCCAAGAGCUACAGCAAGUGACCUUCCCCUGAGGCCUCACCCAUGCUGUCCACUGUGGUCACUCUUUCUCUAGAAGAGCCACUUGCUUUCAAUAAAGUGUCCACAUGCAUUAAUA